AUGAUGAUGCAGGCUUUCCGGAGAUUGCGCGGGGCCGGAGAGGGCGGUUUGGAGGCAGAUCUCCGCCAGAUGUCCGAGACAAGCUACAUGGAGUCACCGCCGAAGGAGUUGCUUGCGAGGGUCAUGCAGGCAUCAGAAUAUGCAGAGGACAGAAAGCGCAUCGUUCUCCACAUGCAGGCCUGCUUGGCGGACACGCGCUGGCGCGCAAUCCUGUCAGGUCUGUCCUUACUAUCGGAGCUGCUGCAGCGUGGGUGCCCUCGGCUUUUUGAGGAGAUGGCCCAGGGAUUUCAUUUUGACCCCUUGCAACGACUCAGCCUACUGGAACGUUUCGAGUAUGGCGAUGACCCGCGCGUACAGAAGCUUGUCCGGCAGAAGGCCUCCACUCUGCGUGAAGCAUUGCUUGAGAAGUUGGCCAGCAGUUCAGACAUGACACCGGUGGAGGAUCUGAAGGGAUUCUCAAACGCCGACGUCCUUGUCAAGCCCUUGCAGCGGAGGCCGGGGCCCGUCAACGGCGUCGCGGUGAUCGGGCACUCGGAAGAUACCGACGACGAAGCCAGCGAGGGUGAGCUCUCCUCACCGGGGUUGCACCAUGCAGGCUCAACAGUGUCGACGGAGUCCUCCGGGGAGUUGCUGGUGCUUGAAGGUGAUGCUGUCACGAAAGCAGGUCCGGGGAACAGCAGUCCAACUGUGGACCUGCUAGACCUUGCGUGA